UCCUUGGCGGUCAUAUAUAUGCACAUAGACGGCAGAUAUCGCUCUGGCAAGUCACUCUCACGGCAGCGAGAAGAUUCUGGAGCGUGCAGCAAACAUCGGAAAUCGAGCGAUGAUGGAUGGAUGAAGUCCGAGAUGAUACUGACUGACUUUCUGCGUCCCAAACUAACCGGCGCUGUGUAGUCGGAUGCAUUUUGCCAGCGGACGAGCGGUCCGUCCGUUAGCCGUUAUCGCUUAGCCUGCUGCUUAGCUAGGUUACGAUGCUUCAGUCGGACUUUAUUUUCUUUCACCUCGAAAACGUUUAACCUUCUGCUGCCAUCGAGUCUGGAAGAUUUAAAUUAAUUUUCGCCUCGGGUUUUAAAAAAGGAGACGAAGAAAGUAUCGACACACACUUGGACGCAAGCAGAAUUAUCCGUGUCAGCGAAGAAGCAGCUGUCUGUGUUUGAGCGCUGACCAUUCCCAGACGAUGUCCACCAUGGUGUACCCACGAGAAGAGGCUCUGGAGCGGCUUACUCAGGAUGAAAUUGUACUGAACACAAAGGCGGUGAUGCAGGGUCUGGAAACACUGCGGGGGGAACACGCUCAGCUUCUCAACUCUCUGCUGGACUGCGCCCAGCCCCCUGCUGCUCAGGAAAAAUCUGGGCUGCUCCGUAAAAGCCUGGAGGCUAUCGAGCUUGGCCUGGGGGAGGCACAGGUGAUUAUCGCUCUGUCAGGUCAUCUGAGCGCUGUGGAAUCAGAGAAGCAGAAGCUGCGGGCACAGGUGCGGCGGCUGUGCCAGGAGAACCAGUGGCUCCGAGACGAGCUAGCCAAUACACAACACAAGCUGCAGAAGAGUGAGCAGAAUGUGGCACAGCUGGAGGAGGAGAAGAAACACCUGGAGUUCAUGAACCAGAUCCGCAAAUUUGAUGAUGACGGCUCGCCUUCAGAGGAGAAGCCUGGAGAGAAGGAGAAAGACAACCUAGAUGACCUGUUUCCCAAUGAUGAUGACCAGGGACCAGCCCAGCCAAGUGGUGAGGUGGCAGCGCAGCAGGGAGGCUAUGAGAUCCCAGCCCGGCUCCGAACUCUGCACAACCUGGUGAUUCAGUACGCCUCUCAGGGCCGAUAUGAGGUGGCUGUGCCACUCUGCAAGCAGGCUCUUGAAGACUUGGAGAAAACCUCUGGUCAUGAUCACCCCGAUGUGGCCACCAUGCUCAACAUCCUCGCCCUUGUCUACAGGGAUCAGAAUAAGUACAAAGAGGCGGCUCACCUUCUGAAUGAUGCUCUGGCUAUACGGGAGAAGACCCUGGGGAAGGACCACCCUGCUGUGGCUGCCACCCUCAACAACCUGGCGGUACUCUACGGCAAACGUGGCAAAUACAAGGAGGCUGAACCUCUUUGCAAGAGGGCGCUGGAGAUCAGGGAGAAGGUUCUGGGAAAGUACCACCCAGAUGUGGCUAAGCAGCUGAAUAACCUGGCACUGCUGUGUCAGAACCAGGGGAAGUAUGAGGAGGUGGAAUACUACUACCGUCGAGCCUUGGAGAUUUAUGAGAGCAAGUUGGGGGCUGAUGACCCCAAUGUUGCAAAGACCAAGAACAACCUGGCAACAUGCUACUUGAAACAGGGCAAGUUUAAGGAUGCAGAGGCCUUGUACAAGGAGAUCCUGACCCGUGCGCAUGAGAAACAGUUUGGCUCUGUAAACAAUGACAACAAGCCCAUCUGGAUGCAUGCAGAGGAGAGAGAAGAGAGUAAGGGUAAGAAGAAGGACUCUGGUCCCUAUGGCGAGUAUGGCAGUUGGUACAAAGCCUGCAAAGUAGACAGUCCUACAGUCACUAACACACUGAAGAGCCUAGGGGCGCUUUACCGCAGACAGGGCAAGCUGGAAGCUGCUGAGACUCUUGAAGAGUGCGCUACAAAGAAUCGCAAACAGGGUAUCGAUGCAAUUAACCAGAGUAAAGUAGUGGAGUUAUUGAAGGAUGGCGUUGCUGGCGGAGACAGACGGCAGAACAGAGAUGGCAUGAAUGGUCCUGGUGGUCCACGAGGGGACUCUGAGGCAGAUGAGGCUGAAUGGAAUGGGGAUGGUAAUGGCUCUCUGCGUCGGAGCGGCUCCUUCGGGAAGAUUAGAGAUGCUCUGAGGCGCAGCAGUGAGAUGCUGGUGAAGAAACUGCAGGGAAGCGGCCCACAGGAACCACGCAACCCAGGGAUGAAGAGAGCAAGUUCUCUGAACUUCCUCAACAAGAGUGCAGAGGAGACCUCACAGGAGGCGAACAGUGGUCUAUCAGAAUGUAGAGGCCUGAGCGCUAGCAAUGUGGACCUUUCCAGACGCAGCUCCCUGAUUGGCUAGAGAGUGAUGCUGGGGUUGGUCUAUGAAAAGGGGGUGGACCUAAGAGGAGGGGCUGUUUGCCUUGUGGAAUUGAAUAACAACAUUUCAUCACUAAGUCAUUCUUGUUCAGAACAAUUUCAUUAGGAAAACAUGUUAAGAGCAAAAAUAUGUCUUUGAUUUGACGCGGCUCGAUACUACCAAGUAGCUGUGUCCGCUUUGCUGUAAAAUCACGCUAACAUUGAUCAAAUUCACUCAAAUACAGAUAGUGGACCAUUUUUCUGUACACAGAUUGAGCCUGGAGCUGAGCUGCACUGCUGAUGGGUCAUGUCUAUAAAAUAAAUUCUUUCAGUGCUAUACCAGGCUUCAGUCUGUGUCCUGGAAAACAAGCCACAUAGUUAAUGCAAUACAGCAUGCUGCUUUUAACACUGGAUGUCUGUCUGCAUUGGAGACACGUAAUAGCCUCACAGUGUCAUGGCAUAAUUUAAAAAAGAAAAACGAAUAAACAAAAGGUAGACUAGCAUAUCAUACAACAGUGCAUACAAUUAUGAACAUUUUACCUUAAUUAGCUGAGAUCAUAUGCUUUUUAAAGAGGAAAAAGAAACCUAAAUAUGUUGCGUGUGUACAUUAGUAGCAUGAAUGCCGUGAAUGCUAACUCCACACACAUCACAAUGGUAGAGAGGUACGAAAGCUCUUAGUUUCGUCACAGACACACAAAAGAAUUGACUUAACCGAAGAGCAAGAAAAGCAAGUGUUUUUUUUUUUUUUUUUUAUUGAAAUGAAAAAGAAUGGAAAAAGUAAAAAAAAAAAAAAAUAGUGCUGACUUGUAAAACCUCACUUUUGCCUUCUGAUUUUUAUGUAUAUACAGGUUUAAAUUAUUUAUAUUGUUUGUGUUUGUUUUCUUUCUUUGUAAAUAGCACCUGGGGGUUUUGUUUACACAGUAGUGAGCAAACGGUUCUCAUUGGAAGUGACUGGACAGAGUUGAAACAAGAAAAGCUGUUUUUGGUACAUGCUCAAAAUGCUGUUUCGUUCAGGACACUGUGUCCUGCACAGGCUCUGUACUGGCUGCAAAGGGUAAAUUAGAAGGUUGAAACUGGUUGAAAGGCCGAGAGGCAUGUUUUGUUUACCUGUUGCUUUUGGUGUUUUUAUCCUUUGAUUCCUUGGUACUGGCUAAUGUCCAAAAUCAUGUUAUAAAACUGGACUUUGUGUAUGCUUGUGUCUUCUAUUUAUUUGCAGCCCAGAGUUUAGUGUCCGACGCCAUCUGACAUGUUUUUACCUUUUGAUUAGUUGAACUUUCUGUUAAUGCAGGAUUGGUUAGAACCAGACAUAUUUAUUUAGUCCAGUUAGUGGGUCACAAAAUCUCCAUGAUUAACCACCAUUGGGUCAAUUAAAGUUGUUGAUUUUAUUAUUAUGGGUUCACUAAAUUAUUUGGAAUUAUGUGGAAUGAGUAACUCCACAUUUCAUCUAUCAGCCAAAAGUCUGGAAAUGGGCUCUAGUGUUUAUUUGGCUUUUGGUUGUGAUGUGGCUAACAGUGUUAAAAUGCACCUGAUAUGUUACUGGAUUGGUCUGAUUGAAGAAGGAGUGUGUUUGGCGUUGUCUGUGAGGAUGUUGGCGCACUAUUAAAGGAAUGGUUCACCAAAAAUGUAGUCAUACAGACAAGACAUGUUUGGUGUAAGGUGUUUUGCACUGGAGAAAUGGUGCUAAUGUUGCUAACGAGUCAAGGAUGCUUUUUGUUGCAGAUGAGACAUAUUGCAUUAGCUUAAUAGUUUUACUCUAAUAUUUAGACAGCAAACAUGACCUGGCUGACUGACUAAGACUGACUUUUUAUCACCUUGCAUUAAUAUGUGUUGCAUGUGCGGAUCACAUCUGGAUAUAAUUUGGCAAGAUUAUAAUUAUACUUUUCACUAAAAUGUGUCACCUGAGCUCUGCUAUUGACAGAGAACGUCUAGAAAAGAACAGACAAGAUCUGAUUUUUUUGGGCCGCGAGAUGAGAAUACAUCAACACGCAUGUUGUUUAUGUAAACGUUGUUCCUCACUUGUUAGUACCAGCGAUUCACUGCAGUUUCACCCACUGACAAAACAAAGAUUAAACAGGCCUACAAGUACUUUUAAUGGAAAUUAAAAUUAUAAAUAGUAAAUGUUUUUUGUUGUUGUUCAAAAAGUUUGAGUAGCAGCAGAUCAGCAAUGAAAAUGUCCGUGAAAAGCCAUGUGGAACAGUUUCAUGAUUUCUGUGAAGGACAUUAAACAAGCCUUUUGUAAUCAGUGUUCAUGCUGUGUGUCAAGACUGGUUAUAACGCCCAAGAACUUCUCCAGUACAAGUUUAAUACCACUUGAAAACACAACAUCCUGCUCAAUUUGCAGAAUAACAGAAGAAAAGGAAGUCUCUGUUAGUAUGUCAAAUGCCAUCCGUAUCCUCAGUUUUUGAGAUGACAGAACAGUUCACAACCAACAGCACCGAAGAACAGUGUAUGCCCACAUGUAAUGGAGCUCAUUCCCUUGGUGGACUGGCUAUGUUUUAUUGUUUUGUUUUGUGUUGUUUUUUUUUUUUUUUUCCCAACUUGGUUUGAUUUAGUUUUUGGCCAUGUUUUUUCAUUUCUCCCACCUGUUAGAUGCUUCCAUCAGCCCAAAGGGGACAGAGGCGUUUGGUUUGGGGAUAACUCCAGCCUUGCGUAUCCUCCAUUCUGCGUUUUCUUUGUUCAUCCUCUCACUUGCUAGAUACGUUACCACUUGUAUAAUUUCAUGCAGCUGUAGAAAAUGCAUUCCAUUUUAAAUGGUCAUUGAUUGUGUUUAAGCUGCAUUUCUAACCACCCCAGUAUGUAGUUAGUAUAAUCCGAUCGUGGUCCAAUUACAGUGCAUCUUAAUUGUAUUACAGCUGAGUUUUCAUGCUGUCGAGUGAAAUCUGAACAUAAUCUGAUCAACCAAAACGCAUUUAGUUGCAAGGUGUAAACAUUCUCUGUGGGGAAAUUAGCAAACACUUGUUUCUUAGGUGAUCCAUUCCUUUAAAUAUGUUUUUUGCACUGUGCUCAUUAAAAUACUAGCAGUUGUGACCUGUAUGAAAGAAAUUGCUGGUUGUACCUAGCCAUACUGUAUUAUGUACAGCAGGGGCAAGCUUUAUUGGUAGAAUAAUUCUGAUUGUGCUGGAUAAUAACUGCAACUUAAACAGAAGGAGUGAUCUUAGAAAAUGCUGGAAGGUGAAGGAGGUAGAGGUGAGGAUUAAUUAGGAGGACGGCAGAAUGUGUUUAAAAAUGCAAGUCAAGUUUGUGUGAUGUUGGUUGUUUGAAGGAAAAGAAAAGAAGGAUGGACCGUGGAAGGAGGGAGAGGAAAGAAAAGCUUUCAGGCUAUAAUGUACAAAAAAAAAAAUCACAGCUAAUGGUAGAAACUUGUUUGUCUUUCAUACACUGUCUCUCUCAUAUAUUUACUCUCAUGUUUGUGUAAAUGCCUCUU